CGGAGAUAGUGGAGGUAAUGCUAGUAAUGAAUGGAGCGUUGUAGAAAAUCGUAAAAGAAAGAAAAGUUGGGCACAAAUAUCUGAAUCGGACAGCGAAAAGGGAAGUCACCAGGCGAGAAGGAGAAGAGAAGAGUAUAAGUACUCAUGCUUUUUCCAACAUUAUGCGCUCCACACUCCUAUCCAGUAGGUGGCGGAAAUGCACCAUUUAAGUUGGUCUGCCAACCGCCAUUAACCCCAUAAGAAGAAGAAGAAUUUCAUUGGUUGUCCGUUUUGUGUUGUGUGUGUGGCUGCUGGCUAACGAGAGGUAAUAACGUUUGAAUCGGUCCGAGAAGAGCCAGUAGUGUCGCAGUCAUGCCGCCUGGGCCUGUGCAGAUCAUGCAGCCGGAGCUGAAUAACAAGCCCGAAGAACCGAAAGAAGAAACUCCAGCCACAAAGCCCAUAGUGGGAAUCAUCUACCCUCCUCCUGAAGUGCGAAACAUCGUUGACAAGACUGCCAGCUUCGUAGCCAGGAAUGGACCCGAGUUUGAGGCCAGAAUUCGACAGAAUGAGAUCAACAACCCAAAGUUCAACUUCCUCAACCCGAGCGACCCAUACCAUGCCUACUACCGACACAAGGUCAAUGAGUUCAAGGAGGGCAAAGCUCAGGAACCAUCCGCAGCCGUUCCUAAAGUCAUGCAGCAUCCUCAGCAGCUUCCUCAGAAGGUCCAAGCACAGGUGAUCCAUGAGACGGUGGUGCCAAAAGAGCCUCCACCUGAGUUUGAGUUCAUUGCUGACCCUCCCUCCAUCUCAGCCUUUGACCUGGAUGUGGUGAAACUGACCGCACAGUUUGUUGCCCGUAAUGGCCGUCAGUUUCUCACACAGCUGAUGCAGAAGGAACAGAGGAACUACCAGUUUGACUUUCUCCGGCCACAGCACAGUCUGUUCAACUACUUCACAAAACUAGUGGAGCAGUAUACAAAGGUUUUGAUUCCUCCAAAAGGUCUUCUGCUGAAACUGAAGAAAGAAGCAGAGAAUCCUCGAGAGGUCUUGGACCAGGUGAGGUAUCGUGUGGAAUGGGCCAAAUUCCAGGAACGAGAGAGGAAGAAGGAAGAGGAGGAGCGAGAGAAGGAGAGAGUGGCAUAUGCUCAGAUUGACUGGCAUGACUUUGUUGUGGUGGAGACAGUUGACUUUCAGCCUAAUGAGCAAGGUAAUUUCCCUCCUCCAACAACUCCUGAGGAGCUGGGUGCUCGUAUCCUCAUCCAGGAGCGCUAUGAGAAGUUUGGAGAGAGUGAGGAGGUAGAGAUGGAGGUGGAGAGUGAAGAUGAAGAUGAUGAGAGGGAGGGCAGAGAAGAUGGACAUGCAGCUCAGCCUGACCAGGACACACAGCUGCAGGACAUGGAUGAGGGCUCUGAUGAGGAUGAUGAUGGCAUGAAAGCUCCUCUGCCCCCUGAUAACCCCCUGCCACCGCCUCUGCCCCCCACCCCAGACCAGGUUAUCAUUCGCAAAGACUACGACCCCAAGGCUUCUAAGCCUCUUGCUCCGGUGGCCACACCAGACGAGUACCUCAUCUCCCCCAUCACGGGUGAGAAGAUCCCUGCCAGUAAGAUGCAGGAGCACAUGCGCAUUGGCCUGCUGGACCCCCGCUGGCUGGAGCAGCGUGACCGCAGCAUCCGAGAGCGGCAGAUUGAGGAGGAGGUGUACGCUCCCGGCCUGGACAUCGAGAGCAGCCUGAAGCAGCUGGCCGAGAGACGUACUGAUAUCUUCGGUGUGGAAGAAACGGCCAUCGGUAAGAAGAUUGGAGAAGAGGAGAUACAGAAACCAGAGGAGAAGGUCACCUGGGACGGUCACUCAGGCAGUAUGGCUCGUACCCAGCAGGCGGCUCAGGCUAACAUCACCCUGCAGGAGCAGAUUGAAGCCAUCCACAAAGCUAAAGGCCUGGUGCAGGAGGAUGACAGCAAGGAGAAGAUCGGCCCCAGCAAGCCCAAUGAAGUCCCUCAACCACCCAUGCCUUCAAUUCCUCCCAGCAUGCCCAAACCAGCCCCACCAAUGAACAUCCCCAGGCCCACAUCUAUGGCACCUCCAGUACGGACCACCUUGCUCCCUGCUGUGCCUGUCAUACCCAGGCCUCCAGUGGCCUCUGUGGUGCGUUUGGCCCCAGGACAGGUUUUGGCCCCCAUGCCACCCAUGCUGCACGCCCCACGCAUCAAUGUGGUGCCCAUGCCACCUUCUGGACCUCAUAUUAUGGCACCCAGACCUCCACCUAUGGUCGUCCCUGCAGCAUUUGUACCUGCUCCCCCUGUGCCUCAGCCUCCCAGUGCUGUGUCUGCCCCCAUGCCUCCUGCUCAUCCUCCACCUCCUCACGAGGACGAGCCUUCUAGCAAGAAAAUGAAGACCGAGGACAACCUGAUUGCAGAGGACGAAUUUCUGCGCAGAAACAAGGGACCUGUUGCAGUCAAAGUACAGGUGCCCAACAUGCAGGACAAGACAGAAUGGAAGCUGAGUGGACAAGUGCUAAACUUCAACCUGCCUCUCACAGACCAGGUGUCUGUCAUCAAGGUUAAGAUCCAUGAAGCCACUGGUAUGCCUGCUGGAAAGCAGAAGCUGCAGUAUGAAGGCAUUUUCAUCAAAGAUUCCAACUCUUUGGCUUAUUACAACAUGAACAAUGGAGCCGUCAUCCAUCUGGCCCUUAAGGAAAGAGGAGGAAGGAAGAAGUAGAUCGAUCACUCGUGUUUUUUCACGUCCAAGUUCUCCAUCCUUAUUACAAAAGUGUAUAAUCUUGUUUCAUUUGUACAAGUCACAGAACUAGUGCUGUGCUCGGUAAAAAAACUGUAAAACAAAGUCAUCGCCAGUGUCUUGUGCUUUCCUAUUAAUGUGUUUAAGCAUACAGUGUAUGAAUACUUAAGUAACAUGUCAUACCAGUGAUGAUCUUGAAGCAAACUGUAUUUAGCUUGUUUUUAGUUGCACUUUUUUGAAGUGAUAACAUUUCAAAUCUGAUUCGAAACAUUUUGUGGGACACAUAAAUAUUUUUCUCUUAUGAAAACGUACCUAAUAAAUUACAUUAAGAAACGU